UGUCAUCAGGGCCCUGCUGUGCCAUGCACUUGUGAUGCCCACCAGAUCAGUGGCCACUGUCAUGGUGUCCGCUUAGGCUGGAGGUGAAGUUGGGCAAUUCUGGACUGCAGGGACAAGAUGUUCUCACUUCUAAUUGCACUGCUCAUGGCACUCAAGAGCCAGUUCCAGGAUGAGCCAGAAUCAGUUCGGUGUGGCUACAGACCAGCCUUUCCCAACUCGUCAUGGUUGCCAUUCCAAGAGCUGCUGGAAGUCCAGGAUGGUGAGUUUCCCUGGCAAAUUUGAAAUGGCAGCGGUAAAUGUCACUGUGGUCAUGGGAGCCAAAGCAUUCAGUGACAUCCACUGGGAGAGAAAGCAAGUGCAGAAGAUCAUUACUCACAAAGAUUACAGGCCACCCCACCUGGACAGUGACCUGGCCCUGCUCCUGCUGGCCACACCAGUUCAAUUCUCUAGCUUUAAAAUGCCCGUCUGCCUGCUGGGGAAGGAGGCGUCCUGGGACCACUGUUGGAUGGCAGAGUGGGUAUCGGCUUAUGGGUAUGGCACGUCUAGUGGCUGGAACAUGCAGCUACAGAAGCUGAGGGUGACCCAGAUCAGCUGGAAAGCAUGCUCGGCGAGGGUGGAGAAGCUGUCCAGUAAGAUGCUCUGUGCCUGGCAGGAACUGGACACCAAUGGCAACUACUGGGGAGACAGCGGGGCACCCAUGGUGUGUGCUAACCGGGGCACCCACAGGCUCUUCCAGGCGGGCAUCUUCAGCUGGGGCCUGAGCUCCGGCUCCUGGAGGAGGCCUGGCAUGUUUGUGUCUGUGGCUCAAUUUAUUCCAUGGAUCCAGGAAGUGACACAGAAUGAAGGCAGAGAACUCCCUGACUUGUGGCCCCCCAGACCUCCUAGCGCUGGGCCUGGGGUCUCAGGUGCUGCUCGCUGCCAUGCUCACUUGAUAAAUGGAGUUGAAAGGUUCAGAGGCCCUUUUCCUUCUCCUUUCCUGACCCUGUUCUCUCCCAUCUGGUCACAAGCACCUAGGAGCCUCAGGGAGCUUCAGGGCGGCUCCCAGCGACUGCAGGUCCAGCCAGGGCCCCAGCAGGUUCUGUCAGAGCACGGCUUUGGUGGGAUCACCACUGACAUCCGGGAGGGACAGACUUUCUACUACGCAGAAGACUACCACCAGCAGUACCUGAGCAAGAACCCGGAUGGCUACUACAGCCUUGUGCAGCCCCGGGAGCUACAUCCAAGGCUCACCUCAGCCGGUGGUUAUGGGAGGACUGGGGAGCUGCACUCGCAGGAGGUCCCAGUUCUCACGGAAAGCGCGGUGUGGGAUCUCUGCUCCACGCGCGUGCACACCACGGGCCAUCAGAGCCUCACAGCCCUGCCGCACGACACGGCUCCCCACUACUACCCCACAGCCCUGCGGCACACCCCGCGCUGCCCCACUCAGCCCAGCACGGAACCUGCACCUCACACCCACGCCCCUCACAUGACACUCUAA